AUGGACAACACUGAUGAUCCAAAAACAAGUGAUGAGGACCACCUCAUGCUUGUUGUGGCCUCCCGAGCGGAGGAAGCGGCACGACAGCUAGCUCCAGUAAACCCUUCGCCCGUUGAGCAGACAGAUAAGGCAGCAGAAGUGGAGGCAGAAGAUGACUUGAUGAAUAUUGUGGCCAAACGGGCUGAAAAUGCCCGCCAGGAAAUUCUAGCUGAUGAAUCAGAGAACCUGGACUCAUCAAUGGCCAAUGAGACCACUGAAUAUACCACGGAAGAGACACUGGAUGACGAGACACCGGGUGACGAGAAAGUGGAGGCAGAAGAUGACUUGAUGGAUAUUGUGGCCAAACGGGCUGAGAAUGCUCGCCGGGAAAUUUUACUUGACGAAUCAGAGAACCAGGACUCAUCAAUGGCCAAUGAGACCACUGAAUAUACCACGGAAGAGACACUGGAUGACGAGAAAGUCUUGGGAGAAGGACCAGAACAAAUCCCAGAGCAACAUGUACCAGGAAUGGCUGCACCCAGGCUCGUUGUACCCCUCACAAAUCCUGCUUCCCGUCAACAAGCCAGAGCACCACCGUCCCGGCCAGGGGCCUUUGCUUUGGGGCCAAAUAUGCGCAACGUGCCAACACAGCCUGAUUCAGAGCAGUCAAUAUCAUCAUCAGGUGAUGAAAACCCUCUCUCCAGUGAUGAUGGACUUGUCGAGGCAAGGAUGGUGGAGGGUACUCCGGAUUUGGAAGCGGCAACCCCGGUGGAUCCGGAUGCUCUGGAACAAAGGAACCAAAGGAUCCAAAAGCAGAGGACAAAGCAUAUUCUUGUGUUCAUCCUGAUUCUCUGUUUAGCUGUUGCGAUUGCCAUUGGGUUCUCCAUUGGUGCAAAAAACAGUUCGACCAUGACCAUGUCACCUACAAUGUACGUGGAACAUGAGGUCUAUGGCAUUGAACCUUGCGACCAGAAUGGUGAAUACCACUCCUUGUUUGUGUCAGGCAGAAUGUACAAAGAUAAGGAUUUGCUCGGAAACAUCCACAUGCCUGCUGAAAUUGAACUGUUGACAAAUCUGAGAAACUUGCAUUUGGCCUUCAAUGCAUCCAUCAGUGCAUCGUCACUGUUUCCGUCUACAAUUUUCAGAAUGGCCCACCUGAGGGCUCUUGAGUACGCAGAGUGGGGAUUGGUAGGCGGCAUCCCAAGUGAGCUGGGUUUGAUGAGUGAGCUGAAGACCUUAAAUCUCCGGUACAAUCGCCUUUCAGGCACGAUCCCCACUGAAAUUCGGAUGGAUAGUCUGGAACGUCUGAUGUUAUCAUACAACCUUUUUUCUGCAUCUAUUCCGACCGAGAUUGGAUUGGCCAACAAAUUGAAAUCGCUCAGCAUUAUGAGAAGCUCACUUGUUGGGACUUUGCCCAGUGAACUUGGACUCUUGACUGGUCUCACAGCCCUAAAGUUGAAUGAGAACCAGUAUUUAUCCGGAUCUAUUCCAACUGAGAUUGGGUUGCUUUCCCAUUUGGAGGAGCUUCGUCUUUACUACACUGACCUCACAGGAAGAAUUCCCACAGAGUUUGGUGCUUUGAACCAAAUGACAAGACUGAUGGCUUUUCGAAAUUCUCUAUCAGGAGCCUUGCCAUCUCAGUUGGGAGUUAUGGUAAACCUCCACACCCUGAGCAUGGAAGAAAAUCGUUUCACUGGGACCGUUCCGUCGGAACUAGGAUUGCUGAGAAAUUGGUCUUCAUUCUUCUCCCGUUUUUUUCUUCAUGACAAUGCUCUGACUGGGACUCUUCCAACGGAGCUCGGCCUGAUGACAAAUGUCACAGAAUUCAGAAUUGAGAAAAACUCUUUAUCGGGCCAGAUUCCGAGCGAAUUGGCAUCAUUGAGCAGACUCUCAAACCUUUAUUUUUCACACAACAACUUCUCAGGCUCAGUUCCCUCUGAGUAUGGGCUCUUUGGAAACUUGGAGAGGCUGCAGUUGGAAGAAUUGCCCCUACUAAGCAAUUCUCUUCCAACCGAGCUCUCUAUGGUGACAACUUUGGGAGUUUUGAACAUCAGUGGAACUGGCAUUGAGGGAAUCAUUCCUCCUGGGCUGUGCCACUUCCAGAACUCGUCCUGUUCUUUUGGAAGUGACCCAAAUUUAGUAUUGAUCUUCCCUGACCUGUUUCGUUGCCACCUUGUUUUCGAAUGCACCGAUAGCCUUUGUGGGUGUGAUUGUCCUUGCUUGGAAGAAAAUGGUGAAACCUAACCAGAAUGGCAGGGAGACUCGGAGACCCAAGUCGAAGCAGUUGGAGAUUGGAUGAGGAGGACUGGUACCACGAGACACAGCACUCGCACCUGACCUUCUCUUGAGUGUUUUACAUGCACAAGUACUUAGUUUAGUUUCAGUAUUACAUUUUCCAUAAUUUUGACUACAAGAGCAG